UCUCCCGAUUAGAUUCAAGUGAACAUCCUCCUAGCCAUUCAACAUGGCCACCUCCAUCGUCGAACAGCUCUUCCCGUUUAAAUUUAUCCUCAAAACCAGAAGAAAGUUCGCCAAAUUUAAAGUCAAAUAUUAUGACUGGUGGCAGUGGUGUAUCUACAGCGUCUUCAACAAGGCGUCGUCUACCCGCUGAAAACUCUUUAUCAAGAGGUUCUGUGAAUAGUACUGUUAUCAAUAAUUCAGGAAAUUCGAAUGAUCCAAUGCACCCUAUGUCCCAUUGUACAGAUACUUCAGUCCAUAGUGGAGAUACAUCUAUGAAAUUAAGUGAUUAUGAUAAAAAUCCAUUACCAGAUAAACCAUUACUUAAAGGUGGUAAAUCAGUUGCAAGUCUUUCUGGAACUCCACCAACAUUACCAAGUGCUCUUAAUCUAGUCAAUUCAGAUGAUUGGGAGGAUAAAGUCAGUGGACUUGAAUUAUUAACACAGAUAUUCAGUGAACAAUCAAUACACUUAGUACAAACUACACAAACUGGUUCAGCGUCUGCAGGCUCCUCAAGACAACCUGCAACCAAUAUAUCUACAUCUGCUCCAACAUUGGUUAUCACUUCAGAGACACUUAGUCAAACUGUACAGGCAGUAAUUACAGAAUGUAGAAAUUUACGCUCUCAGGUUUCACGUCAAGCUGUACAAACUAUGGGUAGUUUAUUCCAGGGAUUAAAUAGAGCAAUGGAUCCACACGUGGAUGUAUGCAUACGUGUAUUAUUAAGUAAAUGUGGAGAAGCUGCUGCAGCCUUCUUACGUGAUGAAGUCAGUGUGAUAAUGGAUGAAGUAGUUCAAUAUGCCAGUCCAUCACGUACACUACAAGCAUUAAUACAACAUGGGUUAGGUCAUAAAAAUCCAGCUGUUCGACUUCAAACAGCCCUACUUGUCUCUCGGAUAGUCGAGAAUCUGAGUAGUACUGGACGUAUGAAUUUAUCUAAUCGUGGUAGUAAUUCACGUGGAUCUGGAGGUGCUGUUGGUGUUGGUGUUGGUGGUGUUGUCAGCAGUAAUGGUGCUAAUGGCAGCAACACUAGCAGUACUGCUGCUAUGGGUCGUUUAUCAUCAUGGAGUUCAACAGGAAAUUUGAAUGCUUCCGCCUCUGCGUCUGCUUCAUCCUCUGCUUUAUCUGCAUCAAAUUCUGUAUUUUUAGGUGGGUUUAUGGAACGUCUUAUUGCAGCACUUAGUCAAUUUCUAACAGAUGGAAAUCAAGAAACACGUUAUUAUGGACGUCGUCUAUUGAGUACAUUGAUGCAGCAUCCAGAUUUUGAAAGGACUGCACAUCGACAAUUAAGUGGACAGUCGUUAAGAGCUUUAAAAGAAGCUAUAGAUCAAAUUCAUCAAAAGGGUGUUGGUGACCUGCCACCGUCUGCAUCAUCUUCAGCUGGUGUUCGUCGUAGAGGUUUUUCACCAGCGACUAGAUCACGUGGACCUAGUGCUGGAGGGAAUAUUUCCAAAGUAUGAGAUAUGCGUGUAACUGUGUUUGUUUAUAUACAGUUCGCUUCAGAAGGGAAGAGGCUAUUGGCUAUUGGCAUAAAUAUAAGUGAAUAUUUUUUUCCACUAAAUCUUUAUCACUGUGUUACUACUUCUUUUAAAAAAACAGACAUGUGUUUCGUUUUUGCUUUUUUUUUGCUUUUUCAAAGGAGAUAUCUCUUCCAUCCAUUUGUCUACUGUGUACCUCUGAAUAUAUAGAUGUCUCUCUGUCUCUAUUCAAAUCUUCUAUGGCGCUGUUUUAUAGUUGUAUAUUUCGAUAUCUUUCAGCGAUGAAUGAUUGCUUGUUCAAUUAAACUAGUAUUGUUUGUCUCUGUAGUAGUGAAAAACAAAAAAAUAACUAAGACAAAUGGAGAAUAGUUACAACCAGACGAAAAAAAAGUAAAAAUGAGAAAAAGGGUGAUGCGCUUAUUUCUGUGAUUUUUCUGCGUAGUGUGAAAUCUGUAUUUUUAUAAUACUAUUAUUUAUGGUGUAUACCUGUACCGUAUACAUAUCUUCAAAGAUUACUCUUAUUAUUAUUAUUAUUAUUACUAUGACUCUUGUUGUGACUGACUGAUAACUGAUACUUGAUUGUACUCAUUAGGAAGGAGAAGGUGAUGGUUUUCCUUAGCGCACACAAUAAUGAUGACGAUAAUAAUAAUAAUACAUUGAUAAAACUUAUUAUUAUUACUCUAAAUUAAUUUUUUUCUUAUUUUAAUAUUUAAUCAAAGAAUUUCAAUAUUUUAAUUACUUGUAUGUACUACUAUUAAUAUUAUUAUUAUUAUUAAUUAAUAACCAGUAGAGAAUAGAAGUUGAAUAAUAAUGAUGAUAAUAAUAAUAAUAUUUUACUAGUGAUAUGUAUUUUGCGAUCAGUUGCUCAUAGUGUAUUUUACGUAGAUCUGUAUGGUUUUUGUGAGUUAUUUAAUUAGUUAGAAUCACGCACAAAAUAUAUACAUAUAUAUUUCUCUACGCUUUCCUUCCCUUAUUCGUCUCUUCUUCUUUGUCAUACUUUCAGAUUAAGCGUAGUUUUCUCUGUGUGUGUGUGUGUAAGUGUGUGUGGUAUGGUUAAGGUAACGGCGCCGAUUCCUUCCAUCGUUCACCUGAUUCUCUUUCUUCUCCUUCGCCUAACCUCAUUCCUCUGUCUCCUUGUUCUUUUUCUGCUUCCUCUUCAUAUCUGUUACGUAACCAAACCACCAACUGUGUUAUCCAUCCAUGCAUAUGUGGGGAAUAUUGAAUAUAUAUAUAUAUAUAUAUAUAUUGAACAGCCUUCUUUCUUACUCUUGUUCUCCUUGAUUGAUUUUUGAUGAGAUGAGAUCAGAGGAAAUGCCUUUGUUGAAAAUAAAAGAGAUAAAAUCCUGUUCAUUACUCUAACUAGCUAUUGUUUUUUUUUUUGAUAUCUUUGUGUACUUUAUGCAGGGGAAGGGGGUUCCUUUUUU